CUGAAAACGGUGACGUCCUGUCACGCUCAGUGUGCACCUUAUUUUAAAAACAUUUAAUGGUUUUGUUGGUGUCGAUUUUUCUAGCAGUAAACGAUUAUAAAUACUGCAAGGACUACCAUCACCGUCUCGAAGAAUGAAGCCACUUUUGAAGGAUAAUGGGGAACCAUUCACCGAAGUGCUAGAAUAUGACGGCUACUUAUUUCCAAACAUGUUAGGAUGCCAACAGGAUAUAGACGUUGCCGAAUACUUAGCUUCCAUCGAUGAACUUGGCUUCGAAGGUGACGAAAUGUGCAUAGUUUCGUACCCUAGGUCAGGUACACAUUGGACAUACGAGAUAUGUAACAUGAUCAAGACCGGAAGGUCUGACUUUACAGACACGUUGAUGCCAAUGCUCGAAUACUCCCCUAGGGAACAUUUGAAAACUGCACAAGCUACAAACCGUAUCUACAGCUCUCACAUGUAUCCAAAACACAUGCCAAAGCAGUUUAUGGCAAAACGAUGCAAGAUUAUUCAGGUAUAUCGGAAUCCAAAAGACGUCGCGGUUUCCUUGUUUAACUUCAGCAAAAAAGUUACACACCAAUAUAGUACGGGAGAUAUGGGCUUUUCUGAAUACCUAAGACAUUACCGCAGUGGCAAUGUACUUUGUCGGAGCUGGGCGCAGUGGAUUCAAGAAUGGAAUAUAUUCAAGAAAGAAAAUCCUGAUUAUCCACUGUUACAGAUAGCGUACGAAGACAUGAAAAAGGAUCUGAAGGAGAGUGUUCAAAGAAUAUCGGAUUUCCUUUGUUUGAAUUCUACACCACAGUUGAUAGAGGACAUAGCGGAUAAAUGUGAAUUCAAUGUUAUGGCAGCUCAUAAAAAUUCAAAUAUUCCACAAAAUAUGGAAUUAAUUACAGACAUUAAAAAUACACACGUUUUCUACGGAAAAGGGGGAGUGGGAGAAUGGAAAAAUCAUUUCACAGUGGCCGAAAACGAGGCUUUUGACAAAGACAUGGAAACCAUUUUACCAGAGCUUAGUUUGAAUAUUACUUACGAGCUUUAACAUGGAUAUUCAAUAACAAUGUUUAAAACAGUUGAGUGUAGAGAAAUAAUUGGGUACAACACGGGGAAUGGACUGUGUUGGAAGACAAAUGCGGCAGGUCCACGUCUCUGUAAGGGAUAGUGACUGAUCCCCUACCAAUGAUUCAACAAUAGAAGCGAGAAUCGUACUACACGUGCUGACUGAAACACGAAAUUAUACGAAACAAAAACAAUGGGAUAUAGGUAAAUUAAAGACUCUGACACUAUAGCUGAAUCUAAGAUUAAAGAGCGCUACAGAUUAUAGCGGCAAUGUUACACGAAAAAUGCUGUACUUGCAUUCAUAGAACCAUUCUUAUGCAUAAGAAUUGAAAGUGGAUUUCACAGAGAUGUUUUAAUCAAUGAAUUGUUGAUUCUUUUCGACUGAAUUUUCAAGAUAUAACAUAUUCUCAAAAAUAAAAGUUGUUUCACUAUGUCGGUACACCUAUGGUUGGUCAGGAGGGAAAUCCCGAGUAAAACUCCCAAAGUUAAUAUGGAGGUGAAUUCACUCUGAGGAACAGAUCAGAAACAAAUAAUCUGGACCAAUCAGA